UAUAAAGGUCAGUAUUCAUAAAGCGUCCUGUGUGGAAGAUGGCUUCAUCAACCAACGCCUCUGUAAAACCUGGUAGCUUUGUAUUGAUGGUUGUGAUACUGACGAACGCGAGGCACACACACUGUACUACCAGCAAUACUCCUACAGACAACUUAACGUUUGAAUCUUCCUGUGCUGCUCGCAGUUGGUCGGCAGCAGUGACAGACUGCAUCAACAAGGGCGCCGCAAUAUUCACCAUUGAAGAUUUACGUACAGCCAUCGGGGGCCCAGUGUUAAAGAAGGCUGAGAAUGAACAUACCAAGAUAUGGAUACACAAUAAUGGUACAUGCUGGGCAGCGUUCAAUGAUACGUUCCAAGCGGCUGUCUGUAGUGACACCAACUAUUAUGUCUGCACAUCAAGGACAAGUACCAGUUCUAAUUGGUAUGUGCAUUGUCCAAACAGAUAUACGGACACGCCCACGCAAGGGUCUACGGGAUCUACAGUAUCAUCAGGAUCUGCAGGAUCAACAGUGUCGACAUCACGGAAUCACACCACAAGCCCAGAAGCAUACACAACAGUUACAAUUAUCACCACUGUGACAUGUGUGAUAGUGGCUCUUGUUGCAGUUCUCAUAAUCACAGUCUGCUAUAUCAUCAAUCGCAAAAAGAAACCAAUCAAGUACGCAGUGAGAGCUGAGAGUGCUAUGUAUCACAGACAGCACCCGGAUCCUGGGAAAGUAGAAGAACCGCAACUGGCAGAUGUGCAGUUGAUAUGUCCUACAGAAGCUGACGGUGGAAACAGUGGCAUGAAUGUCUCGUUAUGAACUCUGUGUGAUUUAAGGAAGAUAAUUCAUGGAUGUCAACUUCUUUAUUAUGAGGAACAACGUUUGGGGGUAUAUGCUUACUGCUCCAUAAUAAAGAAAUUGACAUCCACAAAUUCUCGUCCUUAGAAACGAGAAAACUGUCAGUUAUUUUGCUCCUUUCUAUAUACGUCGUAUUCUACGUGUAUACAAAUUUUUAAACCUGAGGAAGCGUGGAGACGAAACGAUUUAAAAGUAUUUACAGUUUCAAUGGCAAUUAGUUUAUGGUAUUAACGCCAUAAGCAACAACAAUUAUAUGGUCUCAUUUUAUCACAAAACAAUCUGCAAUAGAAAAUCAUAGAAGAAAACUCAAACAGGAUUAUUUCUUUAUAAUUUGUCCUUGUCUCUCAGAUAUGAUUUGUACAGUGUCUAAUAAGACCACCAACGUCAAAUACCACUUCUACUAUAAUAUAUGGUGCUAUCUUUUUCCUAUUCAAUAUUUCAGAAUCGUGUUGAUGCCACAGUAUGUUGUCCGGUUCUAGCUGGAAAAACGCGUUAGUUUCCUUUCCUUUCUCAUGUGCACAAUAUCAAUCACAUUCAUAAUGUUUGUGGAUAUUAAAGUCGAGUUUGUCAUUUACACUUUAACAGUCGGUAUAUCAUUUGAACGUUAGUGGUGAAUAUAUACUGAACACCAAAAGAAACGCAAAUCAAGAAGGUAUAGGAAACAUGAUGUAUUUUGUUUCAGCUGGUAUAAACAUAAUAAUGAUGGAUACAACACAAUUCAUUAGCAAUAAGAAAGAGUCAGUUCUCUGGACAUCAGACAUCUUCUGUAUCCAUCAACACAACACCACGUGACCAUGCUGAAGUCAACUGAAGUAUGGGUACAACUCAA